GGGCCCCACUCCGACGAAGAAAUGAAGAGAGAGAAAUAGAGACGAAAAUGGUCUCCUCCGCUCCAUCUCCAUCUCCAUUGUCCACCACAUUAUUGAACAACCAUCGAUUUCGAUUUCGCAGCCCAACAACAUCCACCACCGCCACCGUCGCCGUCUUUCAGAAGCUCGUCGUCGACCACGUGCAUCUCACACGCUCCACCUCGAUUCUCCCAAUCCUCCACGGUAAUUUCCCCGCAGCUGCUUAAUUGCGGUGCGUUCUGGUUGAGGAAGCGCGAGAGAGAUGCUGGGCGGCGGCGUCGGCGGUGGAAGCGUUUACUGGGGGACAAGAAAUGACGUCAGAAAUUGCAGAGGGAUUCUGGUUCUCUUCGCUUGGGUUUCCAUUCAGCAUCGCCACUUGGAUAAGUAUGUCGACCUCUACGCCUCGCUUGGCUGGAAUUCCCUUGUUUGCUACGCCGAUUUUCUCAAUAUAUUUGAUCCUGAAAGGGCUACAUCACUGGCAUUUCUUGUUAUUAACGAGCUUGUUGAGGAGCUAAGACUGAAGCUGCGUCCUAUUGUUUUUGUAGCUCUAAGUGGUGCAUCAAAGGCUUGUAUGUGCAGGGUUUUACAGAUCAUUGAGGGAAGAUGUGGCAGUCCACUUUAUAUGACUGAAUGUCAAAUGAUCAGAACUUGCGUUUCUGGGCACAUUUAUGACUCCAGUCCUGUAGAGCUUAUAACUGACUUGGGUGCUCGAUUUGCCAUACAUCCAAUGAUUCUUAGAAUGCCUGGAUCAUCUCAACUUAUCUCCUGGCUUGCGAAAGGCGUCUCCUCUGGUCUUGAUGCUCUAUAUCUUACUAGAUUUGAUUCACAGCGUGAUGAGUAUUGGCGGACCCUGUGCUCCUCUGUUAACUUUGGUGCUCCAUUUCUCAUUAUGUGCUCUGAAAAGGAUGACCUUGCUCCAUAUGAAAUUAUUUGUAAUUUCACCAAGAGUAUCCAAGAACUAGGGGCUGAUGUUCAGCUGGUAAAAUUCAAUGGCUCCCCGCACUUAGGUCAUUACAAGAAUUAUCCAGCCCAGUAUAGAGCUGCUGUGACCACAUUUCUUGAGAAGGCAUCAUCAGUUUAUUCCCACAAAAUUCCACAAUUAAAAGGAGAAAUAAGAGGCAUGGAAAGUGAUGAAAUGUCUGAACUAAUAUGCGACCUUCAGAAUGCAGCAGUUAAUUCAAACCAGAGUUUGAGAAGAGUUGCAGUUGGUCCAAGCGAUCACUUCUUCUUGCCGAGCUCAGCCGAGUCCCAAGAUGGUCGGGAGCAUCCUUCCUCUCCUGAUCAGAAAGAACGAACAUCUCCGCUUUCGAAUCCCCCAGGCAUCAGUGCACAUAGCGUCCUCGGCCAGUUCCUCUUCGAUGUUUGUGUGCCCAAAAAUGUCGAAGGUUGGGAUAUUAAAUUUCACGGCUCUCUGAAUGGGCAACCACUUGCUUCAGCUCGCAGGCACUCACCAUUCCCCGGUACAAAGUUUAUCCGUCGCUCUAGACUAUGACAUAGAUUAUAGAUGAUAGUUGAAAAGUAUGUAGCUGCGUGAGUUAAGUUUACUAUCAUCUAACCUCUAGCUUUUGAGGCAUUAGUAGCACAUCUAAUUUAAAUGCGAGCCAUAUAAUCCCUCCCUUGUGGGAAUUGCAAGAUUUGGAGGCUGUACCUUAUUAAGAAUCUUCAGCGACAAAACAGCUCUGUGUCGUUGUGGCCUCGAGCAUCACGCGAGGUCUUGCCUAUGCUCUGUUGUCUGAUAGGUUGUGGCGAGAAGCUCAGGGAUAGGUUAGAGAUUUGUGUGUAUGGUGAUGAGAUGACCACAGUCGACACACAGUGGGGAGAGAGUGUUGAUGGUGUUGAGGAAGGGAUUUUUGUUGAUAGGCUUUUAGUGUACAGAAGGAAGUGUAAAAAGAGAAGCUCUACUUAUGAUGACAGACUCUCACUUGGAAGUUUGAAUAAUGUAAAUACUUGAACUAAACAGACAAGAAAACAGACAUGUUUUGUUUUGAAGAGAGAUGCUUUCUGCUUGAGCAUAUUAUGCA